GAUCUCCACAAAGACAGAGAUCUUGCCAGAGUCUUGUUCCAUCUCAAUAGAUUCCUUUUAGCGGUUCCAGGUGCAUCUCUACAGAGGGGACCGUCACUUGGGUAUUGUUUCCCUCAUCAGUUUAGUCGCCAAACAUCGUCGCAACCUUCGUUUUUAUCCAGUGUUGAACGAUCUUCCAAGCAACUAUGAUAAAACGGCGCCCCGUAUCUCCUUCAUCCUCGAACAAUGGCGGGGUCCAUUAUAGUCUGCAGCCAGCUCUGAAUCAGAACAGAGACAUCGUGCAUCCCCACGAAUACUGUAUCAUCGAUGGAAGUUAUCCUGGCCCGUAUAGGUUACAGUAUAGGCCUGAGCUGCGACCAGCAGAACAGGAUUCUACUCAGUUCGCGAAUAUGCGAGACGUAAAUGAUGUCGGACUUGGUAUCCGAAUGGGAAGAUUUGGCGAUGCAAAAUCCGCUGGCCCCAUGAUUGGAGGCUCUCAUGAAGAAAAUUGGCCCGGAAAUGAUGCAAUGAUAAAGGAGUAUCGGCUUGGACAUAACGAAGGAUUAUCAACUGCAGCUGUGGACCCUCAAAGUUAUCUGCACCACGCUUUUAACAUAUACAAUCCACCGACUCCGGAGUCUCUGGCCCAAAGUCAGGGUGGCAGCCAAAUUCUCAGCGGUCGAUCGAUGGCUUCUUCUGAGUCGCCACCCAUGACUACGGCCGUGGCAGAUUCUCAUUUCCGACCGUCCAAGUCACCCAGACCAAAGAAAAUCACGAAACAAGGAAAAGCCGAUAAAGCUAAAAUUCCAAAGAUCAAUGCACCUUUGAGCGUUCUGACCAAAGAUUUUGAGGAUAUACCAAUUCGUGAUAUGAGGGAAUGGGUUAAUAGAUCGAUUGAGACAAGACACAAAGAGGUAGAGAAGCGCAACGGAUACAUCGCUCGGCCUAUGAAUUCUUUCAUGCUCUAUAGGUCGGCUUUUGCAGAAAGAACGAAGCAAUGGUGCCUUCAGAACAAUCACCAGGUCGUCUCUUCCGUUUCGGGUGAAAGUUGGCCUCUUGAACCUCCCGAGGUUCGCGAUGAAUACAAUGAAUAUGCAAAAGUGGAGCGCAUCAACCAUCAGAAUGCACACCCAGGUUACAAAUUUUCUCCAAGCAAAGCACAAACAAACGCUCGCAAGCGAAAACCUACUCCAGAUGAUGAAGAUGAAGAGAUGUGCAAUGUCGAAGAUGCUGAUUUUGAUUGGGUGCCGCAAAACCAGCGAAAAACAAGACUGAGAUCCAACAAACGUCAAGGUAGAGGAACGAGCUCAAAGCCCGGGGACUUGGAAGACGCAGCCACAGACAUUGCACCGCCUUCCGCUCACAUUGUCGUGAAUAAAUCAUCAUAUCAGGCAACAAACCCUGGAAAACCGCCACCUGCUGCAAUGGGAACGGACCUCAACGGUCAUUAUUAUCAAACGACCGUACACCAACACGCAAACGUGCCAAAUGUUGAGGAUGUAAAGAUCCGGAAAACUGAAAGGCCAGCAAUGCAAUACAAUGGCUCUGGGUCUCUCAUUAGCCUGCCUGGUGCCGAGCACUAUGAUCUACUUCAACCAGCAUCCCAACAGAGCAGCCCCGCUGCUUCAGGCAUAUGUCAAGUGGACCCGCUUCUUCUUGCGUAUGAUAGCAACUAUGGCUCAAGUAGCAGUAGUCAGCCAGAAGAGACGAUGGCAGCGACAAUCUACCAAUUGCCAGGCCAACCGACAACGUUCAACCCAGGAUUUGUACCCUCUCACCGUGAAAUUGAUCAUGCGGGCUACGGCCCCUUUCCAGAUGGUGGUUUUCAAACUCUUGAGUGUCAUGGGCUGCCUUUCUAUCAUAGCGAGAUCUCGCCUUUCGCAGACCCUCAAGAGCUUUGGAGGGUGGAAUCAGAUCUUUACCACGCGGAUUGUGUAUCUGAAUUCAAUAAGUGGGUCGACUGAACAGAUGAGAAAGCUGCGUUUCAGCAUCAAUGAUUGUACAGUAUGAGACACUUCAUACGCAAGGCUCGAUCAAAGCAGGAGUACGGAAUAUAUCUUGGUAAAAGAGAGCGUGCUGGUGGGAGGCUUGGUGCUAUUUUGAAAUGCGAUGUCAGUUAGGCUUUUUUUUUUUCAUGAAUGUGCUGGGGGCGUUGUGGAACGGAAAGGAAAUGUAAGAAAUGUUUUAUCAGGCGGCUACCUGUUUCCAGGAUAGACAACUAAACGUUUUUGGCUCUUG